AUGCUUGGCAUGAUGAUUGACCAAGAAUUUCAACUUGCAGAAAAUUUAGUUAAAUGCUUCGCCAAAGUCAUUGAUGAAGUUGGCUUCAUACCAAAUGGAAGCAGAACAUACUACUUAGGCCGUUCUCAGCCUCCUUUCUUCUCUUUCAUGGUCGAACUUUUAGCAACAAAAUAUCCAGACUCUUUACAGAAGUUCUUACCACAAUUAGAGAAGGAAUACAAAUUCUGGAUGGAAACAGAAGGAAAAACAGUAACAAUGAAAGAUGGCGAAGUAUUAAACAGAUAUUUUGAUAAAUUCUCUACUCCAAGAGAAGAAAUGUACAGGAAUGAUCUUGAAUGA